UCAAAGUCCAGUAUUUUGCCUUUACUUAUCCUCAUAGUAAAGUCGUUUACAUCAGAAGUGUUCUUACCUUCGUCCAAAUGGGUAAGCGUAGUAAACGCUCUAAAUCUAAACGGAAGCGGCAACGGUCAAGUUCGAGUUCAUCGAGCGCCAUUAGCGUGUCUACCGAGAGGACUCCGUCAACUCCACCACCAAAGAGAAAUAAGGUAUCACGUAAAGCUGAUACCCAAACAGUGAGUACAAAUAAUGCUCCUACCUUGAAUAAUAUGAUACCAGAGUUUAAUCCACUAAAUGAUGACGUGUGUGCUUGGCUCAAUAUAAUCAUGAACUACGCGCGAACUUUUUCAUGGAAGGAUGAAAUGAUCCGGUUUCAGGCUUUAAACAAAUUAAAAGGUCCCGCGAAAGUAUGGUACGAUUCUCUCUUGCGCACCGAUUGUACUUGGCCCUCGUGGAAAUGGGAGGAUUGGAAUAGAAAGUUAACAUCUAGUUUUCAACGGCGUCGAAACAUGUUUGACUUAUUAAAGGAAAUUGUUGAGAAUAAACCCAACGAUAAUCAAUCUCUUUACGAGUUCUUUUUUGAACAGAAAUGCAAAAUUGAUAGGUUAUCGUUGGGUUUUUCGGAACAAGAUAUAAUCUCUAUUAUUGUGGGUAAUAUAGGAGAUUGCGGUAUAGGAGCAGCGAUCGAAGCUACCAAUUUCGGAACUAGUGACAAUUUAGCAAGUUACUUACAUGGUCGCGUGUAUAAACCAUCGAAGAACGCGAAAAAUGUAGGCGCGAUUUCUCGUGACGUUCCACCAAAAAGUGAAACUCAGUCGUCGACAAGUCAGAACGUUUCUUCAUCUGGGUCUUCAGUUUCACCUAACGUAUCUGAUCGAUCCACCACCGUGCGUAAUAAUAACACGCAGCAACGAAAACAGAUCAAAUGUUAUAACUGUGGCGGUAAUCAUACAAAAGCAAAUUGUGAUGUUGUUGUUAAUAAACUGACAAAUAAAAAGCAAUGCGGUUACUGUAACAAGCAAGGACACUCUGAAUCUGAAUGUUAUCAUAAAAAGAAUGCAGUUAAAAUAGAGAAACAAGAAACAAAAUUCGUGUCUACCCCCAAUCCGCGGAACAAAUUUAUAAAGAAUAUUCGUAUUAACGAUUUUGAACAUGAAGCUUUUGUCGACUCGGGUAGUAGUUGUUCACUCAUCUCUUCAUGUUUGGUUAAAAAACUGGACUUAAAGAAAAUUAAGCUGCCCUUGCCUGUUACAUUGCAUGGCUAUAAAAUGCAAAAUACAGAUACAGUUACGCACAAGAUAACAGUUGAUCUGAAAAUCGAUGCGGUUUGUUUGACUGGAAUAGAUUUUUACAUUAUGGAUGAUUUAGCAGAUUAUGACAUACUGAUUGGUAGGAACGUGACCGAACGCGAUGAUUUAAUGUAUUCGCGAGUAGGGAAUUCAUUGAAGUUCGAUUAUGCGUCUUCAUUUAAGGAGUUCUGUAAUACAGUGACCGAUCUUGAGUUAGAUGCUGAUUCUCACCAGAACGAAUUGAUAGCGCUUUUCAGAAAGUAUGACGGUUGUAUUGCGCCAAACAUUAAAGAUUUAGGUAAAGUCAAUGGUCAUGAAAUGACAAUUAAUGUAACCAGUCCUCAACCAGUUCAAUGCAGACCUUUUAGAGCCUCCAUUCCAGAUCGAAAAAUAAUUCGGGAGAUGGUAAAUGAACUUUUGGAAAAUAAUAUUAUUCGGGAAAGUAAAUCGCCGUAUGCAAGCCCAGCUUUGCUUGUUAACAAGAAAAAUUGAGAAAAAAGGCUCUGCAUUGACUAUCGGGCUUUGAAUAAAAUUACAGUUAAGGACAAGUAUCCCAUGCCACGGAUUGAGGAACUGAUAGACAGACUUCAAGGCCAUAAAUGUUUUACAAGUUUAGACCUGAAAAGCGGAUACUAUCAAAUCGCGAUGAGUGAGGAAUCAAUUCCUAAAAGCGCAUUCGUUACAGAAGACGGGCAUUAUGAGUUUUUAAGACUUCCAUUCGGGCUGGCCAAUGCACCUAGCUGUUUUCAAAGCAUGAUGAAUAAGGUUUUGGGGAAUUUACGGUUCGGAAAUGUUAUUCUUUACUUAGACGACGUUUAUUUAGUAACUGAAACAGUUGAGGAAAAUUUGAAACUUCUAGAGGAGGUUCUAAAAAUAUUUAAAGAAAACGGACUGACUUUAAACCUAAAGAAGUGCCACUUUUUCAAAAAAGAGAUUGAUUUUCUCGGAUAUAAAAUUAAACCAGAUUGCGUUAUGCCAAAUGAGAAGAAGUUAGAAGCUGUACACAAAUUUGCCGUUCCUAAAACCGUCCAUCAACUGCGGCAAUUUCUCGGCUUGAUAAAUUAUUUCAGGAAAUUCAUUAAAGACUGUGCUUUAAUAUCUGCCCCAUUAACUAAAUUAUUGAAAAAUGACACUACUUGGGAGUGGAAGUCAGUUCAUGAUGAGACGUUUCAGUUGCUUAAAAAUAGAUUAACGUCAGAUAGCGUUUUAGCAAUGUUCGACCCUAACAAAGAAAACGUGUUAUAUACAGAUGCGAGUAGAGAUGGCAUCGCGGGAAUACUAAUGCAAGUUACAAACGAAGGUGCAAAACCUGUACAUUUUUAUAGUAGACAGACUACUUUAGAUGAAAAAAAAUUCCAUUCUUUCGAAUUGGAACUUUUGGCGAUCGUUUGUUCCUUGCAAAAAUUCCGGCUAUACCUAUUGGGGUCAACUUUUAGAAUUGUCACCGAUUGCAAUGCAGUUAGAUUCGCCCUGUCAAAAAAAGAGAUAAUUCCCCGGAUUGCCCGUUGGGUGCUAUCCACGCAAGAAUUUUCAUUUGAAAUCAUGCAUCGCGAAGGAACUCGGAUGCAACACGUGGAUGCAUUAAGUCGCAACCCAGUGCUAUCCGGAGAAAAAUCGGAAACUGAGGUCAUUAUGUCUAUAACGGAAUCAGAUUGGUUGCUUUCGGUACAAUUACAGGAUCCAGAAUUACAAAAAAUUAAAAGCAUUAUUGAAUCGGGCGACUUGGCUAGCAAUAAAACAAUUUUUUCCCAAUAUGAAUUACUAGGUGGAAAAGUGUACAGAAGAACUGCCCACGGUCGUCGAUGGGUUGUGCCAAAAAAAUGUAUUUGGCAAAUAAUUAAAUGUAAUCACGACGACCUGGGGCAUUUCUCUCUAGAUAAAACGGUUGAGCGAAUAGGAAAUCAAUAUUGGUUUGCAAGAAUGAGACACGUUGUAAAAAAAUACAUAAAAAACUGCUUAAACUGCAUUUAUUAUAAAAACAAAGGCGGACCUAAAGAAGGAGAAUUAUAUCCACUUCCCAAAUACGCUCAACCGUUUCACACACUACAUCUAGACCACCUAGGCCCUUUUGUGAAAACUAAAACUAAAAAUGAGUAUUUACUGGUAGUCGUUGAUGCAUUUACAAAAUUUGUUUUUAUCUCUGCUGUGAAAUCGACAAAAUCAUCUUGUGCAAUAAAAGAGUUAGAAAACAUUUCAAAAUCGUUCGGUAACCCUAAGAGAAUAAUAACGGAUGCUGGGUCAUGUUUCACUUCGAACGAAUUCGUUGAAUAUUGUUUAAGUAAAAACAUUCAUUUGCACACUAUAGCAACAGGGAUGCCACGUUCAAACGGACAAGUGGAACGUUUCAAUAAAACAAUUUUAGAGGCCUUAAAAACAAUCGGCGCGGAUACGUCAGAUGAUAGGUGGGACCAGUAUAUCAAACCUUUACAGCAGGGCUUGAAUACUACAUUCCAUAAGACAAUUAAAGCGGUCCCGAGCGAGGUAUUUUUCGGUUACCGUUUGCGCAUGGAUAGUGAUAGUUUAGCCCCGGAUAAUGACUCUCAACAAUUAUUAGACGUGACAAAGUUGCGCGAGAAAGUUGAUGAAAAUAUUAGAGCUGACGCUGAAGCACAAAAGCAGAGAUUCGAUCGAUCAAGAAUCAAAGCACGAAAGUAUACUGAGGGUGAUUUGGUUUUAAUCAAAAUCCAAAGUCAAAAUAAUGACGGCAAAAGUAGAAAACUGUUACCUACAUUCAAGGGUCCAUUUCAAGUUAAGAAAGUAUUGGGUAACGAUAGAUACGAGGUGACGGAUGUAAAAGGUAGUGAGAGGACCGCUAAAAAGUAUACUGGCAUUACGUCGGCAGAGAAUAUAAAACCAUGGAUAAAAAUUGAUGAAUGGGACCUAGCUUAAUCAAAUGAAAAGUAUGUAUUGUGGCCAUUUAUUGUCUAAUAAUUUUUAUAUAUAUUUUUAUUUUGUUUUAUUAAGUUUUGUUUUGCUGCUAAGAU